AAACAUCAGGGGUCAGUGUGAGCAGAGCUGCUCAGCAGGGAGGAUGUUAUCCUCUGGUGCUCCUCCUGCGCUCCGCGGGGAUAAAGGGUAGCAGUCAGACCCGAGCAGGAGGUCCUGGAUCUGGCCGGGUCCAUGCUCCGGCUCAGCGGGUCUCUGCUGCAGAGGGAGCCACGGCCGGAGGAGAUGCCGCUGUUCGCAGCCUCCCGGCGGGAUGCAGGCGGCCGGCACAGGGCGCCGCCGGUCCGGGAGCGGCUGCAGCUCAUCGUGUCGGUUCUCGGAGAGCUGGAGUAUCUGCGGCACCGGCAGGAGCUGCUGGUCCUGAGCGCCCUGAGGGAGGAGCGGAGCGCUGCUCACUGCGAGGAGAACCUCCUGGUGCUGAGGAGACAGCUGAGUUGUCUGAGGAGGGACGCUGGGGUUAUCGGCGACCUACAUGAGCUGGACCAACAGAUCAGUGACCUGCGUCUGGAUGCUGAGGUGUCACAUGACCCGCCGGAGACGGACAGCCGACCCAGCUCAGGUUUCUAUGAGCUGAGUGACGGUGCCUCCAACUCGCUGUCCAACUCGUCUCACUCCGUCUUCAGCGAGUGCUUCUGUUCACCAGCUGAGGCUGAAGGACACUUCCUGUCCACAGACGAGCGGUCCAGCAGCCUGGAGUAUGACGUUCUGGUUGGAGGACUCUGUGACGACUCCGUUUGCCGCUCGCUCUCCGCUCCUCUCCAGGCUCCUCUGGACGCUCUUGUUCCCACCGACUCCCCGGCUAAGACUUUCUGCAGCCUCUUUUCCAGAAACGUGGCUGAUAUUUACAGCCACAGAAGCCCUCUGCGCUCCGCGGCUCUUCAAGCUUCUGGUUCUCUGCAGGUUUCUGGGAGUAGAGGUGAGAGCAGGGAUGAAGCUGGUGCUGAAUGUCUCCAAACAGACAUCUCCCCUGGUCCCAGUCCUGCUUCAGGACUUCAAAGCGGCGCCUCUCAAACUCCUUCCAGUAAGCACCUAGAGAGGUACAUUUUUGGUCUGCUGCAGCGGAGGGCACAGCCCAUCCGGAGCAGCAGGUCCAGGACGGGAAUCAGCACCGACCCGCUGAAGGGCAUCGCCCGCCAGCACAGCUUCUGUUUGAGACAAGCAUCUGGUCCCAGUCCUGGUACAGGAACCCUGAAGGGGUCCGAAGUAAAACCUCUGCCCACCCCUGGAGAAACCUCGUCAGAAGGUGUUUCCACCUCAUCUUCUCAGAGACAAUGUUGUGUAGAAAGCAGAGAUGAGAAGGGCUCUCUGAGAGUUUCCCCUGAUGGCGCCGACAUGGUGCCAGUCAGCUCUAACUCCACCUCCCCUGCUGGUUCAAAGUGCUGUGUCACUAAUCGACUCAGAAACAGCAGCAACAAGAAGGUCCUCAGCAAAGCAUCCAGGGAGCUCCCAGGUCCCUCAGUCCAGACUCCUCUCCAGAACAGCAGAGCUCAGAAAAGUCUCAAACUUAUCUCCUACCACAGAGACUCCUGCUGUCCCCUUGAGCAGGAGGAGAUCCUCCAACCUCCUCUAACCUCUAAACCACAGACUGGUUCCUCCAGGAAGAGCUCUGAGCUCCUGCAGCGCGGACCUUCAGAGAACGGCUUGGAGCUGCAGCUGUCCGUCUCAGAGGCCUCUGUGGUACGAAAGGGUCAUGCGAGUAACGGCAUCGCUGCCAAGCAGCACCAUGGGAAACAUGGCCAUGGUAACAGCAGGAAGGUUAGCAAAGUGAAAAGCGCCAGCAGGUCAAACACAACGUCUGCUUCUGAACUUAAGAAGCUGCCUUCAGAGAAAAGAGGCGAUGGUUUCCAGGGUAACUCCGACCAUGGAAGGUCUCAUCCAGCAGAGGAUGGGCGCUCCAAGCAGCUGAAGGUCUCCACCUCCUCUGGAGACAGAGUCCGAGACAAACAUGUCAGCUCAGCGCUCGCCGCUGCCAGGUCAGGAGCAGUAAGGCUCCAUCGAUAUGGGGCCGACCAUCAUCACCAUAAACAUAGACGCGAACAGGUGGUUGUUUCUGCCAAGCCAAAGAUCAAAGGGAGAGUUUUCCAGUUUCCGCGUACCAUGGUGGAGAUACCGUACGACGGCGGGACCAAGCACUCCGCCCGCCGGCAGAGGAAGACGCUACAGAGUAAACCUGCGGCCACAACCUGCUCCACCUCCAGGGAGCAGCAGAGCGGCCCGUAUGCCAACGCUGCAAAAAGUGACUCUGAAUAUUCGGCAGAAUGUGUCUCACUCUUUCACUCCACCAUCGUGGACACCAGCGAAGACGACGGCUCCAGCUACACCACCAACUGCUUCGGAGACAGCGAGUCUAGUGAGGAGGAGGAGGAGGAAAACGCCACCACUGACACUGAGGAGAGUGUGGGAGGCGGACCCGGGGGGGGCGGGGCAGGAGGUCAUCUGUGGACAGCCCGGGUCACAGCGGGGAAGCUGCAAAUGGAUCCGGCUCAAACAAAAGCGCCGGUCAAGAUUAAAGUGUCUUACAACCUGAAGAGGAAGAUCCUCCGCUUAAGGUCGGGUUCACUGAAACUCAUGACCACGGUCUGACCAGAACCAGAACCAGAACUGGACCUGGUGGGUGCCUAGAACAAACCAAGUAGCUGAACAAACAUGGCUGUCGCUGUUUGAUCCAGAAGCUAAGAGGCAGGAAGCUGCUCUGUCUCAGUGCAAAGUCAGGCCUGUUGUUUCCGUUUAUCAUCUUAUUCAAAUAUUCAUCUAAAUGCUGAUCAAAGGAAAAGCCCCAAAAACGCAUAAAGGUGAUGAACCUUUAUCUUAGAAAGGAUCCGUAUCGACACACUUUCACUGCGUUUACGAACCGUCAGAUUGAUUUAAAAAAACAGAUUCUAUUUUGUUGUUUUUUAUUUUUAACAUUUAACAGUUUAUUAGUAUUGUAUACAUGAACACUUCACAUUCAACAUAACAUAAAACCUUCGCUUGGGAGCUAUUUCUCUAUUUUACGUUUGUCCCAUCUAGUUUAUCUAGUUCUUGAUUUUUUUUUUGCUGUCUUUUGUCUUGAAUGUUUUCAUCAU